AUGAACUUAAAAAUAGAAAUGAUGAAAACAAUUAUUGAUGAAUGGAAAAUGAACAAAGAAAAAUAUCAACCAAUAAAACGAAAACCAAAUGAAUUUACUAUUAUAUCUCCAACAAUCUAUAAAGAAUUUCCUGAAAAAGAAUUAUUUUUAUUAAAAUAUUUAAAUAAAGAAAGUUUAUCAAACGAAGAUAUUAAUAUACUUUGUUCAUUUUACGGAUUUAAUCUAUUUUCAAAAAAAGGUUUGUCUUUCAUUUAUUUAUUAAAAUAUACACCUUUUUCACCAAAUAAUACUAUUAAACAACUCAUUAUUUCAAAUACAAUUCAAACAAAUCAAGAUGUAUUAAAUCUUAUCAUUAACUCAAUUGAAUAUAUUGAAAAUGAUAUUAAAUUAUUUACAAUAUUUCAAAGAUGGAUAUUUGAUUUAUUUAAUGAAAAAAGAAUACUUUCAGGAGAAACACUUCAUCAAUUAUUAAUGAUUUAUUAUAAUAAAUAUCCAUUAUUUAAUAAUUUUGAACAAUUUCUUCAAAUAAAAGGAUUUAAAUUGAAUAAAGAUCAAUGGGUAUGUUUAUGUACUGCAGCUUCUUAUAUAUUAGAAUAUAAUGAAUAUUAUGAAACAAAGAAUUAUUGUUUGUUUUAUUUACAAAUAUUAUUUAUUAUAUUUACUUAUUUUAGGGCCAUUAUUAUUUGA